AUGGCUACACCGUCUGUGACCUCAUUGGCGAUCGAGAGCAUAGUAUUCCCUCCGACCAUGAAGGCACCGGGAUCCACCAACAACUUCUUCCUUGGCGGCGCAGGGGUGAGAGGUAUCCAAAUCCAAGACAAAUUCGUCAAAUUCACCGCCAUUGGUGUUUAUUUGCAAGACAUCGCUAUUCCAUAUCUUGCGGCGAAAUGGAAGGGUAAACCUCCUCACAAGUUAACAGAAUCCGUUCCCUUCUUCAUGGACAUUGUUACAGGUCCAUUUGAGAAAUUUAUGCGGGUGACAAUGAUCAGACCAUUGACAGGGCAAGAAUACUCAAACAAAGUGUCUGAAAAUUGUGUAGCCAUUUGGAAGUCUCUUGGGAUUUAUACUAAUGAAGAAGCCAAAGCAAUAAAAAAGUUUGUUUCUGUUUUCAAAGAUGAAACAUUUCCACCAGGCUCCUCUAUCCUUUUCACAGUAUCACCCAAAGGAUUAGGAUCAUUAACGAUAAGUUUCUCAAAAGAUGGAUCUAUUCCAGAGGUUGAGACAGCAGUUAUAGAGAAUAAACUACUUUCACAAGCUGUGCUUGAGUCAAUGAUAGGUGCGCAUGGCGUCUCCCCUGCAGCAAAACAGAGUUUGGCCUCCAGAUUAUCCAAGUUAUUCAAAGAGGAAGAUGAAGAUUCUGUUCUGCAAUAA